AUGCUGCUGGCAGUCUUGAUCGCCAACUCAGAAGGCAAUAUUCUCGUCGAACGUUUCAAUGGAGUUCCAGCAGAAGAGCGUUUACAUUGGCGAUCCUUUUUAGUGAAGCUAGGAGCAGAUAAUCUUAAAGGCGUCAAGAGUGAGGAGCUCCUUGUUGCUUGCCACAAUGGAUUUAAGACAGAACACUGCAAUAUCUCCGAGACAUCAAUUAUUGUUUGUUUUACGACUGACCAUGCAUCUAGAACGAAAGCUUCUGAGGCUAUGUCAAGAUCAGUUUACAUCACAUACACAGUUUUUGGGGAUGUCAGUAUAUUUGUUGUUGGCAAGGAUGAGUAUGAUGAACUAGCCUUGGCCGAAGCUAUCCUUGUUAUAACCUCAGCCUUGAAGGAUGUAUGUAGGAAACCUCCGACUGAGCGCAUAUUCCUUGACAAAUACGGAAAGAUUUGCUUAUGCCUGGAUGAGAUUGUGUGGAAGAUUCACCCAUCUUUCAAAAUCAACACAACCCAGAAUCGAAGAAGCUGUUCGUUUACGGUGAGCAUAAGGACGAGUUGCUCUUCAAUCCGGUAUACUCGAGACCGCAUCAGUCUUGCGUUUGGUGAUGCUUAUGGAAAUCAGGUUUAUGCACCAAGGCUUGACGAUCCACGAACAGGGACCUUCGAAAGAUGUUCGACUGACACAUUUGAGAUAUACGGGCCAUGCACAUACCAAAUAUGUUAUUUGUACCUCUAUAGGAGCGGAUACGAUGGAUGGAUCCCAUAUGAUGUAACAGUCUACGCAUAUAAUUCGAGGCCCGUUACUUUCUAUUACAAUGAGCUUAUACCGGCAGGCACUUGGUACGGAUUUGAUAACUGUUAUGAUUAUGGUGCUGCUGCUUCUGCUGCUAUGAAAUAA